CCGUAUUGUAUUACGGCGCUGGUUACGUUUACUGUUAAUCGUAAAAUAUCAUCUCACUAAUAAUUGCAGUAUAUAGUAGGUCCUACGGUACGGUACCAGUAUGGCUCGAUUAACGUACGAAUUGGGUUCACUUGGCGAUUUCAAAGUUAUGCUUGCUUUCAGACCAGACUGGAUUAUUUUGACUGUUUAUUUUUACAGGAUUAUUUUAAUGUGUGUAGCAAUGUCUGAUUCUAUUGAAAAACAGACUGUACCACGGAUUGUAUUCACAGAUAAUGAAAAAAUUAAUCUUGUCAAUUUGGUUGAACCCCAAAUCAGAAUAAUUGAAAGCAAGAAAAACGAUAUUAAUGCAACUUGUAACAAAAGUAAUGCAUGGGCCGGAAUAACAGAUCAUUUCAAUGCUCUACCAGAUGUGAAAAAGUACACUGCCAAGCAAUUGAAGAAAUGCUGGAUGAAUAUGAAGUCACGGGCAAAGGUUGCUGUGCUUAAAGAGAAGAAGAGUCUACGAUCUACAGGAGGGGGACCAUCUAAGAAUAUAGCAGAUGAAUUAUCCCACAGAAUUUAUGGUAUGAUUCCGGAGCAAUUCGACCCACUGUACAAUGACGUUGACAGUGACACAAACAUGUUUUCUGUUGAAGAUUUCACCAUGCCUGGUAUGUUGCAGGGCAGAUUUAUCACUCUACAUCUGCACUGAUUUUGACACUCUAAUGCUUGAUAUUAUGCAGAAUUGAACUGGCCAUGUUCUUUUAUUACUUUGACUAGAAGAAUUUUUAGCUUAUUUCCUGAACCGUUGGUUUGAUUUUAAUCGUGUCUGGAAAUUUCGCCACAGGAAAUUUGGUCCCAUAGAAAAAAUAGCAUUUUGCCGUAAAACAAGUAUUUGUGAUUAAAAAACAGAUUGAUAGGGUUAUGGUAUAUUCUUUUUUCAUCCAGCGAUUUUUCUUAUAGGGCAAAAUUUCCUCGGCGGAUUUUCCCAGAAUGGUUAUUAACCAUAGCUCAUUUUUGUGUUGCUUUUUUCACAUAAACUUUUCUGUGACAUUUUAGAAAUUGAUGGAAACACGCUGCCAACAGUGAUUCAGAUUGAGUGUAGAGAAUUUCCAGAAAUAGAAAAUAUGUUAGACAACAGUACAAGCAAAGACAACAGCAUAAGCAGCGCUGAUGAUUCAGAAAGCAUUCAAACAUUGAUGUCUCUUCAGAGCCCAGCGGUAAAUAUACGUAGCCAAAAACAGAAACCAAAAACCUAUUCGGGCAGAAAGCGUUCGAGUAUUGAUCUGGAAAGCUUUUUAUUAGAGAGCCAGAAGAUACAACAUGAUUUGAAAGUUAGAAAGCUAGAGCUGCAGAUACGUUAUUUAAAAGAGGAACAUUCGGCAAAGAUGGCAGCUUACCGUUCUGAAAUCUCUGAAAAGUAGUGCUUUAAUAGGACAGGAGCUAGGUGAUUUUUGUGUUCCCUACGUAGCAUCUAGAACAGGGGUUCCCAAACCGUGGCCUGGGGGAGAGUUACGGCCCGCAUAAUAGUUUAACAGUUAAAACUUUAAUCGUAAAUAGAUACUAAUAUGUUUAACACUUAUGUUUUUACCUUCUUGCGACACUGAAAAAAGACACUGGCAGUGUUCUCAUUUCUUUAAAAAUAUCACUUAUGCGAUUUGUCUAGGCGUAUCUAAAAUUAAACUUACAGCCUAUUUUUUAAAUUUUUCUCAGGGCGCUUAAGUGCGCCCUUAACCCCGGCCGUGCUUUCGCUUCCUUUUUGCUAUUUCUGGUCCGCAACUAUCCUUAUAAUUGCGGCCCAUGGUCAAUUAACUUUGGGAACCCCUGAUCUCAUACAUUAUUCUGAUUUUUGUCUUCUCAGUGUAGCAUCUAAAAUUCUAAAACAUUAUUGCAUUGUAAAAUUGGACAUUUAUUUGAAUUCAAUGUUGACUGUUUACAUAUGUUUGCGUUUAGAAAUCACAUGAAUAAGCCUAAAUUUUUGUUUUUUUUGGUAUUUGGACCUUCAACCGUUCCAUAAUUUCAGUAUUCAACGGGUAAAAUGGCUCUGCACAAUCUGCCUCCUUUUAUCUAAGCCAGCGACAUUGUUGCCUUGAGCUUGAGGUCCUACCAUAAUUGUUGAAAUAUUGUUAUCCUGUAUCUCUGCAUAAUAGUCGUCAGUGAUGAUUCUAAAUAAAUGAUUUCGUUUUGAAA